ACCGUUCAUUUGCUUUCAAAAACCAUCGAGGGAGACUACGGAAGCACUACAUUCAGCCGGUCGGUACACGCAACAGUGAUCGUUACCCGUUGUUUCACACAAUUGUUCGCUAGUUGACAACUGAAUUUGCUUCGUUACUGCUGUAUUGUGAAGUGAAGAAGUCAACAUGAAAGCCGGUGCGUGCAACGUUUACAUGGCCAUCGUCGCCGCCUCGUUAGCCUUGCUGUUUGUUUCAGUCAGCGCGGCGCCCAUGGAGGCAGAGGACGAACAGUCGGACAACAGUUUGGCGGCUCACCCGGACGGCGAGAUGGAAAUGUCGGGGCCCUGGGAUGCCAUCAACACCGCGGCGCUCCGUAAACUGUUGCUUCAACUUGAUGCUGAAGAGAGCAGGAUGGGCAGGGUGUCCCGCUCGUGGCCGCAGGCGGAGCCCCGCGGCUGGGGCCUGCGGGCGCUGGACGGGCGCCUGGCGCGCCAGUGGCGGGCAGACAAGCGGCAGGGCCGCUUCCGCCAGUGCUACUUCAACCCCAUCUCCUGCUUCCGCAAGUGAACGCCACCGACUCAACGACGCACCGCCCCUCCGACCUAGUUCUAACACAUGAUUACUUAGACAAACAUUCAUAGCAAAUAGAUUAGCAAAUAACACGACACCAUUCUGAAACGACUGCGAGAAAUGUGUCAAAUUAUUUAUCGCUGUCCAACAAUCGUUUCAUAAUGAGAUCGUUGGACAACUUGCAAUGUAAAUAGCAUACUUUAACCCUGUUGAUGUUAGCUCAAAUUAUACACAAAAUAUUAAAAAAAAAUAGUCAGACUUGUGUCAAAUAAAGUAGUUUCAUUGAUGUUUCUUAAGGUAUCGGCCGUGUAAAGUGACAUCUACUUAAAAUAUUUCACGAUUCAUGUAUUAACGGAUUAACCCUUCACUCGGCGACAGUGUUCAUGAGAUUAAUUAACUACGUUCUAUUACUUACCUACCUAAGUAGACUGUAUCUGUCUAGUCAUAGUAUAAAGUCCUUCUAGGUCGUGGCAAACAUAAUUUAAGGGUGAUAAUUAUAUUUUUUCUUAGACAUAACUUCCAUUAAACUCUAUUAAAAUAUAAAUUGUGGUUACUUAUGCAAAAAUAGCCUUUUUUCUCGCUUUUGUUCCUCGUAUUUACAUCAUUAUAAAUUAUGUCUCCAUG